UUUAGGGAUACGAAGGGAUGUGAAAAAGAAAAUGCGCAUAGUACACGUUCUGCUGGCCAUCUUAGCGUUAGCUCUGAUGUCAGUAGACUGCAAGCCUCGGGCUAGUACACAACGUUCAUGUCAGUCCUACAAGAAAAGCUACUUCAGCUUAUUACAGGCAUCAAAGGCCUGUAGUACAGGAACGUAUAUAUGUGAGCAGACGGACGGAUAUACAAAACCGUGCUGUAUACAGAAAGAGUUUGUCUGUGAUGGAGAAAGGCAUUGUCCAAAUGGCGACGACGAAUCAAACUGCGAACCGGUUUGCGUUACUGGCAAGUAUAGAUGUGCUAGCGGGCAGUGCGCUACUCUCUGUGACGGAAAUGAUGAAUGCGAUGGCGGAGAUGAUGAAGAUCGUUGUGCAUGUGGCGUGAACGAGUUUCGGUGUGACAAUGGUACAUGUGUGGCACGGUGUGACGGUAAUCCCGAUUGUGGAUCUGGCGCGGAUGAGCUUAACUGCCCUUGUGCGAGCGGUCAAGUGAGAUGUUCGAAUGGCACGUGUGCUAUGAAAUGUAACGGAAUACGGGAAUGUGCGGAUGGAAUAGACGAAACCAUAUGUCGAUCAGUUUGUGCGAAUGGUGAAGUGCAGUGUGCGGGUGGACAAUGCGCUACGCUUUGUAACAAGAUGGCUGAAUGCAUUGGACCAGAUGGAACUGUGAUGGACGAAGAUCCGUUCUUAUGCUACGGUACAAUUUGCCGCCAGCAAGACUAUGAUACACAAGGAUGCACGAAUGCGCUCACACGAGAUGAACUCAGGCUUUGUGAAGGCAAUGAUACGCUUAGCUGUCAUCCGUUACAGGGUCGGUUGGAAUAUUGUCCAAAUGGUCCAACACAACCAUGCGUUGGUUUGUGCGCGCUUGGGGAUGACGCCGAUACCGCCAAUAACAUAAAUGUCAUAUGCGCUCUUUUUGGAUACACGUCAGGCACACGGCUGCUUUCUCAGCCGUUCGGCAUGUUCCCUGGGACAGAUAUCUUCGCUGUCUCAUGUACUCCGACAAGCUGUGUCUUCUCCUCAACGAUGGCAUGCGUCGAUGCCGAUAUCCUGCAUAUCAUGUGUACACCAUAAGGUGUUGAAGUCACAGUCCUUCCAAUGAAUUACAGGAGAACAAAACUUAUAACACUCUUACAAUACAAAUUCAGUUUGAAGUAAUUA